AUCAACUGCCAGAGCUGCUGAGAGAUUCACCGGGACUGAAACCUCACCCCAUCAGCUCCUUGACAAAAACAUGCCACUUGCACAUAUUAAACCACCACAUACAUUCUACUGUAGGUGGAUUACCAAACACCUCCUCGCAGUCAGGGCUCCCGCCUGAGGUCGGGGCAGGGACAAGCAGCUGCCUGGAGACCGCCAGGGCCCCUCAGCGUGCUCAGCCCCGACAGCAGAGCGAGGGGGAAAGGCCUGCGCCCCAACCUGGCUCUAGCUCAGCCGGGGCAGAGCUGACUGCAGCAGGGGGAAACAGGAUGCUUGCUGGAAUUACACCCAUUUCCCUCCAGUUGUUAUUUAAACCAGUUCGCUUCCAAAGCUCUCCCGGGCCGGCUCCGUCGGAAGCGCAAGCACCCACCCGCGCCCACCUCCAUCUUGGGGAGGGACGCGGGGGGAGGGCGCCGCCAUCUUGGGGAGGUCGGGCCGGCGGGAGAAUUGUGUGAGGGGAGAGGCGGCGCCGCCAUCCUGGGGAGAUCGGCCCCGCUUGCCCUCGGGAGAGACGGUCACGGUUCGGCCCGGCCCGCAGGGACCGGGAUUAGGAUGGGGACACAGCCCUGCGCCUGCGGCACCGGACACGCCGCCCCCCGCCAUCCCUUCCGGGUGAGGCGGUGACCCACGCCCCCUGACCCCGCCGCUUCCUUUCCGCGGCAGCCGCCGGAGCAGAGACGGGCAGAAAUGGCACCUCGCAAGGGCAAGGAGAAGAAGGAGGAGCAGGUCAUCAGCUUGGGACCACAGGUUGCUGAAGGAGAAAAUGUGUUUGGUGUCUGCCACAUCUUUGCUUCCUUCAAUGACACUUUUGUCCAUGUGACCGAUCUGUCUGGCAAGGAAACCAUCUGCCGUGUGACCGGUGGGAUGAAGGUGAAGGCAGACAGAGAUGAGUCCUCUCCCUAUGCGGCCAUGCUGGCAGCCCAGGACGUUGCCCAGAGGUGCAAGGAGCUGGGCAUCACCGCCCUGCACAUCAAGCUGCGUGCGACUGGGGGCAACAGGACCAAGACUCCUGGACCUGGUGCCCAGUCAGCCCUGAGAGCUCUGGCUCGCUCUGGAAUGAAGAUUGGCCGCAUUGAGGAUGUCACCCCCAUCCCCUCCGACAGCACUCGCAGGAAGGGUGGUCGCCGUGGACGUCGUCUGUAACCAGCGCAGCACCUUCUGUUAUUAAAGCUCUCUUAAACCUC